GGUGAGGGCAGCGCGGGGAAGGAGCCUCCUGCCCCGGGGACGGGGUGAGGUGCCUGGUGCUCCUGUUCCUCCUGCCGUCCUCGGGAGAAAGGAGGGUAACGCGUUCGUGGCGUGCGCCGUCUCCGACGUUCUUCAGCAAAAGCACUUGUGAGCUUGAAAGAGGGAAGUUUAUCCAGUUCAUGGAAUGAGAAGUAUAAUUCUCUGCAGAAAACACCUGUGUGGAAAAGCAAGAAUGCUGGUUCUGCAGCAGAAAUGCCCUUCAGAAAUUCAAAGCGGAGUCGACUCUUCUGUGAAGAAGAUGACAGGCAAAUAAACACCAGGUCACCCAAAAGAAACCAGAAGGCUGCGAUGGUUCCACAGAAAUUCAAUUCAACAAUGUCAACCCCGGACAAGAAAGUGUCACAGAAGAUUGGUUUACGACUUCGAAACCUUCUCAAACUUCCCAAAGCUCACAAGUGGUGUAUAUAUGAAUGGUUCUAUUCAAAUAUAGAUAAACCACUAUUUGAGGGAGAUAAUGACUUCUGUGUGUGCCUGAAAGAAUCUUUUCCAAACCUGAAAACCAGAAAAUUGACAAGAGUAGAGUGGGGGAAAAUCAGACGACUAAUGGGAAAACCACGGAGGUGUUCCUCUGCAUUCUUUGAGGAAGAGAGAUCAGCAUUAAAACAGAAACGGCAGAAGAUAAGACUCCUGCAGCAGCGGAAAGUUGCAGAUAUUUCACAGUUCAAAGAUCUUCCAGAAGAAAUUCCAUUGCCACUUGUAAUAGGAACAAAAGUUACAGCACGUCUGAGAGGUGUCCACGAUGGAUUAUUCACCGGCCAGAUAGAUGCUGUGGACACUCUCAAUGCUACAUACAGAGUGACUUUUGACAGGGCAGGGCUUGGCACGCACACGGUCCCCGAUUACGAAGUUCUUAGCAAUGAGCCUCAUGAAACCAUGCCAAUUGCAGCCUUUGGACAGAAACAAAGGCCUUCAAGGUUCUUCAUGACCCCUCCCCGAUUGCAGUAUGCACCUUCCCUCCAGUCUCCAAUUACAGACAAUGAUCCUUUAUUAGGACAAUCUUCGUGGAAAAACAAAAUUUCAGGCACAGACAGUGAAACACUAGGAGGCUUUCCAGUGGAAUUCCUCAUUCAAGUGACCAGGUUAUCAAAAAUCCUGAUGAUCAAGAAGGAACACAUCAAACAAUUGAGAGAGAUGAACACAGAAGCAGAAAAGCUGAAAUCCUAUUCCAUGCCAAUAGGCAUUGAGUUCCAGAGGAGGUAUGCAACCAUUGUUCUAGAUCUGGAGCAACUAAACAAAGACUUAAAUAAAGUUCUGCAUAAAGUUCAGCAGUAUUGUUAUGAGCUUGCUCCUGACCAAGGCCUUCAACCUGCUGACCAACCGACAGAUCUGAGGCGUAGGUGCGAAGAGGAGGCUCAAGAGAUCGUCCGGCAAGCAAAUUCCUCGACAACAGGACAGCCUUGUGUUGAGAGUGAAAAUUUAACUGAUCUUAUCUCUAGGCUUACAGCAAUAUUACUGCAAAUUAAGUGUCUAGCAGAAGGAGGUGAUCUGAAUUCCUUUGAAUUUAAAUCACUAACAGAUUCAUUAAAUGACAUUAAGAAUUCAAUAGACUCCUCAAAUAUCAGUUGUUUCCAGAAUAACGUCGAGAUCCACGUUGCACAUAUUCAGAGUGGUCUGAGCCAGAUGGGAAACUUACACGCUUUUGCAGCUAAUAACACCAACAGAGACUGAAAGUUUUUCUUUCAAGUGUGUACAGCAAGUAGUUCUGGAAAAUCCUCUUCCUUUCUAUAGGCUUCACCAAAUAUCCUAACUGCCAGAAGAUAAGGGAAAAGAAAACUUCUCAGAAAGGACCCUUUUAAAUAUAUUAUAUCUGCUUCUGAAGUAAACCAGCAUUACUGGCCAGCGUUGCAUUAGAUUUCUCCACUUGUUAUUCACACAUGGUAGUUUUGCUAACUGGUAGCCUCUUAAUAAUUGCAUUUAUUACAAUAAACCUAAAAACAUACUUUUCAUGUAAUUUGAACUUCGAAAAACUAAGUUCAGAUUAACUCUGCGCACCUCUUGCUGUUGGCUGUCCUGGUAUUUUAGAAGCGAUGGGGAGGAAAUGGCUCAAAUGAGUAGCCACAGGGUGGGUCUUUGUUAUGUAAAGCUAUGCUUCUGCCAUUCCAGCCUACAGGUAGCAACACGAGGUGAGCUGAUGGACAGCAGACAGAAGCUGCAGACCUGUUGGGCAAGUCUGAUCGAUCAGUCUUGUUGGAACUUUUAACUUGUCAUAACUUUUCUAGAAGGACUCUAAUGAAGGACUAUUAAUAACGUAACUGGUAGCUUUGCAGACAGAGAUUGCUUGUGAAUUUUUACUCCCUUCCCGUGGGGCAAAAGAAAUGCUUUAGUUGGUGUUUUAUAUCAAUGACUGGUUAAACUUAACUUGUUUUUCCAAGUUUUUGUUUGUUUUGCACAACUUUUAAACGAGAUGGCUGGUUAUCCCACAAUACCCAACCUAUAUAAAUAUGAAGAUUCGGGGGGGAGGGGAUGGGGAGAGGGGUUAUAUAUAUGUAUAAUUAAAGAUAACCGUCGAGGUAAAACCGCAGAAAAACAAAAGUGACAACCUGCCUAUGAGUACCUUUUGGAAUGUUAAUCCUGUACAAAGUGUGUAUUGGUUUGUUGAAAUGGUCUUGUAAAGCUUUCUGUGUAAGGAAUUGUUUCCAGCUAAGACUUUUCAGAGAUAGCUGUAGAGAUGGUUUUGAUUCUUUUAGACGCCUCAUUAAAUGAGGGCUUUUAUAUGUUAAUGUAUAAAGAAUCUGUAAACAGGAUUAUUUUCGAUUUUAAAAUUUUGUAUAGUUUAAAGAUGCUUCUGUAUUCUGUGUUGGUAUUGUGCCACUGCAAAACUUUAGUGCAGAGUUUAUAUUUAGCUAAACUUGUCCUGUUAAUUAAGAGAAAUGCAUAAAUCUUUUAUUCUCAACGGAAUUUGUAACUCUGAAUAAAUUGACCUAUGAGAGUUGAUAUAUUUCACAAAAA